GCCUGAGGCAGGUGAUAUGAAGAAGAGAGAGAGGUCACCGUGUCAAGUGGAGUUCUGCGAGGAGAGAGUUGAACUGGUGAACGACGGCUGCCAGCAACAGACACACACCUACCAGCUGCAGAACCGCGGCCCAGGCUCCGUGAGGGUACGGGCGGCCAUCGGAGCCGACAGCGACCCUGUGUUUGUUCUGCUGAGUGGUGGGGAGGAGAAGUACGUGGCUCCAGGUCUGAAGCUGCCCGUGGUCCUCCAGUACUCUCCUAAGGGAGAUGAUGAUGCCUGCCAUCAUCGUGGCAAUCUGGAGGUGUUUGUCAACUCCAGUCUCUCUCUCACCAUUCCCAUCUCUGCUGUUCCUCGGAGUCCCAGACUCCACCUGAGUGAGGAGGUGGUGGACGUGGGGUGUCUGGUGACAGAGAACCAGAUCCACACCACCUCCUUCUCCCUCUCCAACCUCGGGACUCGCGAGGGAGACUUCUUCAUCGACACCUCUCCUCUCCCGGCCUGGAUCUCCCUCCAACCCACCACUGGCCACCUACCACCUCUACAGUCCACUAGAAUACAGAUGGAGAUUUUGUGCAAGGAAGAAAUUGAAUUCUCCUAUGCUCUCAGAAUCCGUACUUCAGCUCCACCCACUGCUGUUGACACCGCAGCUGCUAAUACUGGUGGUGAGGGUGAGGAAGAGGAGAAGGCAGCUCCCUCUCUCCUCCUGACAGUGUGUGGGAGACUGGAGUCCAGAGCUCUCAGGGUCCUGGACCCUCUCUCCCUCUCCUCCCUCCCCUCCCUCUCUUUCCCACCCACCUACUAUGACACAACUACCUCCAGACAAGUUGUUCUGUUCAACGAGAGUCCAGUGUCCACUGACUACCUGUGUCUCCUGGACAAGAGAGCCCGAGGGAGUGAGGUGGGCGGGGCAGAGGGUGUGGCCAUAGCCCUCACUGAGGGAGGUCCCGGCCAGGAGAGGUGGAGGGAACAGGGCUCCACUCCUCCUCACGAGUCUAUCAUAUCUGUCCUUCCUUCUCAGGUACACCUACACAUUGGCCAGUGAAACGAUCCCACUUGCACUAUGCGUGUACCUGUAUGUAGACCAUACGUUCCAUACUGUAAUGUUUUUGCUACAUAUACAUGUAUAAAAUCGAUUCUGUACUCACAUUUUAUCUUUUAUAGUAUUGUAAGCCCACUCCCUUUGCUGUUGAAUGGUUCCCAGGUUCGUUUCCUCCGACAGUGGGUGGAGCCACUUCCAGACCACACCCACCAGACGUGACUACACGCUCUACCUUCGCUUCCUUGCUGUUGACACCAACAGAGAGUCCACAUCCUCUGGAGGUGACCUUGAGGUGGCAGUGUGUGCAACUGCUCUACCAGUGGACGUACAGCUGGAGCCCAGCCCUCCACUACAGUUUGGAGCCACUCCCACCAUGUCCCCCACCACCCAGCAUGUCAAGGUCCACAACAAAGUCAGACACACUUCCUCUCUACUUCACCACUCACCGUGUCCCUCACUUCACUUGUCACCCUCCCUCCGGGCACAUCCCACCCUCACACACCCUCUCCCUCUCCCUCACCUUCACUCCAAAGCAACUCGGACCACUCAAUGCCAGACUACUCAUCGACAUACUGACCUCAGACUCCAGAAGUGGUAAAGAAGGAGGAAUAGUGAAGACACUGGUGGUGGAUCUGAGAGGAGAGGGAGUGAGUCCAGGCCUGGGGGGAGGGGAAGAGGGGACGAGAGUGGGAGUAACAUCAACUACGCCCAUCCUGAUGACAUGGCUACCAGCAUUCGACCUUACGAUGGAUAUCAAGUCGUCACUCCCUAUACGCGGACCCCCCGCUACACGUACGUGGACAGAGACUAUGCCUACAGUGAGGCAGAGAGACGCGAGAUCCAGUGGCACAGAGACCACUACCUUCACUACCUCAGACACUCUCAGGCUCUCCGACUGUGGAACAGGAGAGAAAGAGCUCUGGUAACAGCAGCCUGUGGACCGAGAGGGAGCUGGGCUGCUUCCUGAAGCUCUCCAACUCCCCCACUGUCUCCAGUGAUAGUUCUGCCAGUGGAGGGAAUAAGAGGAGAGGAAAGAGGUGCUGGUAAAACCUGGGAUCAUGACUACUGAUGAUGUCACCACUGCCACCUCCGUAGACCUGAGGGAGGUUGAUGAGCAGUGUUCAACUUCUGCUGAGAGGCACAAGCGCUAGUGAAGUCAAUGCUGCCUUUCUCCUAUCAGCUCUCUCUUAUCACAAUAUGCACGGGAGUUCUGGACUAUGGUGUGAUUGCAGUCAGUUCAGUGGUGGAGAAGACUGUAACCAAUAAAGAACAGCUGAACCAACACAUCUGUUUCACUUUCAAGCUUGCUGGGUCAGGAGUGAAGAGUCCACUGUUCCCUUUCUCUUCAUCCUCCUCCUCCUCCUCUUCCUCUCAUCUCGUCCUCCCUCCUCUGUCUUACACCAAUCUCCCCUUCACCGUUCAUCGUGACACAACUGGUCUCCUUGAAAGGUGUGUGGAAUGUCUUGUGAAUACCCGACAUGUGGUUCGACUGCCAGUCCGUGUGGAGACAGUACUCCUCUCCCUCUCCCUCUCCACCAACACCCUCACCCUCUCACAACCUCCCGUUGCCCCUCCCUCUGCUGGUCUGCGAGGCUCUCUGGAGGUGAGGAAUGAGCUCAACGUCCCGUCCUCCUUCCAGUGGCAUGCCAGGGAUGGAGUGGACACCUCGGUUUUCUUCAUGGUCCAUCCAAACGGUGUGGUGCCAGCUCACAGCUCCCUCCUCUGUGAAUUUGUCUGUCUCCCGACCUACGAGAGCCCUGACUCAGCUCUCUUCAGACUGGUGGUCCUGGGGCCAGGGGCUGAGAGGGGUGUGGCAUCCAGUGACACCCCCGGCAGAGUUGGAACCGAUAACCUACUCACUCUCAAGGCUGAGCUGUGUCAUCCUGUGUGUUCGUUCAAGGAGAAGAGAGUUCUGUAUGGCUCUGUACCUCUCGGUCUCACCACUCUACAAACUGUCCACCUCCAGAACAGUGGAGACUGCCACGCAUUCUUCAAGGUUGUAAACCCAGAGCCUUGUGCUGGGUUGAAGGUUCAUCCAGAGAGUGGGUGUGUCCCAGUGGGCGGAGUCUCGGAGCUCCAGCUCCACCUACACCCGGAGAGCGAGGCGCUGUUUGACACGGAGCUGGUGGUAGCUGUUAGGGGAGGAAAGAGGCUGACCCUGAAAUUAGUGGGGGCAGCAGAAGAACCAAAAGUCACUAUUGACAGAGAGAGCUUUAUAUUUGGUGGAGUCUUCUGUGGAAGUCAGUCUUCUCUUUCAUUUACAGUUUCCAACUUGGGUUCCACUCGUUGUGAACUAAUGUUUGAUUUCUCAUUUUUGAGCGACUUCUCACUAGAUCUGCCACGACAGACCAGUCCCUAUGCUGAAGUAACCAGUGGUACAGGUGACAUCCCAGGUAUCUACACCCUCCAGUUACCUGCCAAGACUUCCGCACACUGUCACCUCAUCCUCUCUCCCAAAGUUGUGGCAGCGUACGAUUUUGAGCUGCCAGUUCUGGUGAAUGGAGCGAGACCUCCGUCUCCCCCUCCCUCUCCCUGGCCACCCUCAUCGCACACCUCCUCCAAGAUCACCAUCAAUCCUCCCACACAUCACACUCAGCCACAGAACACCAGAGGAAAGACUGGUGUACUGGGGUCGUACGAGAACACGCCACGUCGGAGAGUGCUGGCCACGGCAGUGAGGGCCCCGGUCUCCCUCUCCCUCUCUCACUUCUCCUUCUCCUUCCCAGUCUCCUACCUGGAGACCAUGACUGAGCCUGUCCUACACAACAAGCCGGCAGAACUCAAGAACGAGGGGGACUCCCCAAUAUGGUGGACUCUAAUGACGUGUGGUGUCAAGAGACUGGAGGAUGGGACGUUUCGUCUGGUGCUACCCUCCGGUGCCCCCCUGGCCCUCCCCCCUCAUGAUUUUAGACCCCCUGGCCUGGGGGAGGGGGAGGUGGGCCAUCUCAGACCUGGGGAGAGCUUCAAGUUCUCAGUACAGUGCAGUCCUGGUCACCACGGAGAGUUCAACGCAGAAGUCCCUCUCCUCCUCCUCCACACUCCUCCUGGAUCCACCACCAGAGACAGCUCCCCACCAACACCACCGGAGCCCUACUGCACUCUGGCUCUGAGUGCCAGCGUCCCUGCCAGCAGUCUCUCCUUCUCUACCUCCUCCAUCAUCCUCCAGCCUGUCCCCCUCGACAUCACCAUCUCUGCUCAGUACUCUCUACUGCUGCAGAACUUCCCCAAUGCUGUGGAUGUGGAAGUGGUGGUACCUCAGCCUCCGGAGGGUACCUCGCUGGCAGUACAGUUCCCCAGAGGGACUGAGGUGUCAGAGUGUGGGUCAGAGGGGGUGGAGCUACCGGUGGAGCUGGAGUUCUCCUCCUCCCAGCCAGUGUCUCUCUCUGGACACCUCCUCUUCAGAGACACACUCUCUGGGAAGAAAGUGAGAGUGGCCUAUGCAGUGGCAGCUGAUAACAGUGUCCUCUCGGUGGCCCAGUUCCUGGCUCAGAGUGUUGCCAUCUCUUCGGUCCAGCUCAAUGACCAACACAUACCCAUGCUCAAUGUCAACAGCAGUAGUGGAGGAGGAGUGUCAGCCUCAUCAGCAGUGUCUCUGGCCACCUCUCAGACCAGAGGGCUCUUCUCGCACACUCCCCUCACUGCCUCCUUCUCCGAGGACUUCUCUUACAGUGACAUCUUCAUGCAGGAGAGUGUGAAUGCAGUAUGCCGGUGGGUGUCCUGCUACGGAUGGGCCCAGGGAGUGAGACACAUCACCUCUCCUACUGACCUCAGAGACAGAGUUGGACAUGAUGUCCCGAAGCGAGGGGUGAAGCAGAGGUCGUCCAUCAGAGUGGAGAGAGGCCAGCUGAUGGAACUGGUGACUCAUCUGUGUGGUCGACUCCCUCCAGGGAUACCCAUGAACCCCCCUCCCUGCACCACUCCCUCUGAGAAGAUCAACCAGCAGUACUCCACUCUCUCCACCAUCAUCUCCUUCCUCAGGAACCAGGGAGGAGAGGUAUGGUGUCUGACACCAGACAGUCUCCUGGACUACAGAGACUACCAGCAGUGGCGACUGGACUGCCAGCACUGCCCCUCCCCCCUCCCUCCCCCCACCUCCCCGGAGGAAUUCCAGGACAGGUCCUACCAGGCCUGGACCUACCUCCUCCUCCUCAUAGUCAAGGUGUUGGUGUUGCCUCGAGUGGUUCGCCAGGUCCCAGCCUACCUGAGAGACAAGGUGGGAGACCUGAGCGUGGGCUCUGCUGGGACCAGCAGUAACGUCUACAGUCACCCAGAGAGAGUCAUUCUGGCCUGGCUCAACCAUCACUACUCCCAACAGAGACACACUGUACUGGGAUCCACUGGUGACCAGGUGAGAGAGGUAGUGAGUUUCGACAUGGACCUGAUGGACUGUACUGUGUUGGCCUGUGUCCUGUCUGCCUACUGCCCCUUCCUCGUGUUGUCUCACUUCUCAACUCUGUAUUCUCACCCAUCCAGUCCGGAGCAGUGCUCCCACAAUGCCCUGGUACUGAUGGACGCACUCGCCAACAUUGGACUCGCCUACGACUGCCAAGCAUCAGAUCUGACAACUCCAACACCAGUUUUUCUCCUCCUCCUGUGUUGCCAUCUCUACCAGACCCCCUCCCUCUCCCCCUCCCCCUCUCUCUCCCUCCUCCCCACUCCCGAACCAUCCUCCUGGAGGGACUGCUUCACUCCAAAAUCAGGCAAAAGAUCACUCUGGACAAUCCUAGUACAAAGACCCUGAAGUACAGAGCUUUGCUGAGGGGAGAACAUGCCUCUAAAUUUAUCAUUGUUGGAUCACCUGAGACCAUAACAGUUGAAGGUGGUAAGAGUGUCAGUGUAGAGGUGGGGUACACAGGUCACCUGGACCCCAGUGAAGCUGUGCUUCUGCUGGUCUCUGACGGAGGUCACGGAACUUCUCUUGCCUUCCACCUCCUGGGCAGAGUCACUGGAGCUAUUCCUCAGUCUAGAGUCCAGGUGGGCGUGGCUCUCUACCAGUCACAGAGUGUUAGUCUCACAGUGGCCAGCCACUUCCAGUCCUCUGCUGUCUUUGAUGUAUGUCUGUAUGAGACUACUGACGUCUCUCUCCUCUCUUCUCUCUCUCCUGCUAACAGGAAAAAGACGGUAAACCGAUCACUUGGAGUAAUUCCAGUCACUGCACUUCAGAAACGUACUACAGACAGAAUGACGUCAUUCAACCCACAUGCCAACCGAGUCACCCUCAACCCAGGCAUCCCAACCACACUCAACCUAACCUUUGUCCCCCUCAAGACAGAGCCACGUCACUGCACUGUGGUCCUGAGAAACGAUGCCCUGGGGGUGAUCGUCCUAUCCCUCGCCGCUACCGUCAGUCUUCCCUUCCCAAUUCUCCCGAAAACGAGCGACGAAACGGACUCUCGAUUCUUUGUCAACCGAGACAGUCAGACGCUCCACCUAAAGGCCUACGUAGGUGAGAGAGUCCAGGAGGACCUGUUUGUCCACUCAGAGAACCCCGGGCUGGAGAAAGCCCUCCUGGAGGUGUGCCAGUGGGGCAUGGACCCAGAGGAGCUGCGACGACGAGUCCUCACUGACUCCCUCGAGAAUGCAGCACUCGCCACUGCCAGGGAGUUCUUCCAACUCCAAGAGAAGACUCUCUCUGCCACUGACAACGUCGUGGAGCACCUGGAUGAGCUCGUGUUCAGCGUGGAGGGAUCGGGCGAGAAUUUCGAAUUGCCGGA